GCCACGAUGUGACACCGUGAAAGGGUAGCCAUUAAUUUCACCUCCAGGUUCCGCCACCACCAAUAUUACAGUCCUGAUUAUAAAGGGCAGAGAUAGUACGGUAUGGCUGCCAAUUAUUUCAGCACCUUACCCGGACCCCACCAUCUACGAUGGCAGUUCCUAACGCGCAGACUAUCCAGUUCGAUUUGAACUCCAUGUCAUCUUACGAUCUCUUGGAUCACAACGGUCCAACUUAUGACUUUUCGUCUCCUCCCCCAUUCGAGAGCCCUCUUGUCCCUCCUGAUUUCCAAUGGCACCAAAUUGAAUCGGUCUCGACAUGCAUGCCUUCUCCAGAAUCAGUAGCCUCCUCAGAUGGGUCUACAGCAUCAACAUCGCGUGAAAAUUCCACAAAGUCGUGUUCCGAACUUCCCUUCCCGUCAUCCUUCCCUUCCUCUGCAGCCCUUGCGAGUAUGCCCAUACCAUGUUCUCGCGGCUAUUCGCGUAGCAAAGAUCCAGAUCACGUUCCACGUCCACGAAAUGCUUUCAUGCUCUUCCGCUCCGCUUUCGCUGCCGCACAGAAGAUCGGGACCAAUGUUGAGCAUGACAAUCGACACAUCACGCGCAUCAUCGCGCACUGUUGGAAUCGCCUCUCCGAGUCAGAGAAACAGGUCUGGCGUAAUAAGGCUGCAACGGAGAAGGCUAUCCAUGCAAUCAAGUACCCCAACUACAGGUUUAAUCCUGUGGUGCGUGCAAAAAAGCCUACGAAACGAAAAGUUCGUAGAAACGGCACGGAAGACAAGAGACGCUGCGAGCAAGUCGCUGAACUGCUUCUUGCAGGCAAGCAUGGCGAAGAACUCGAGGUCGCAGUCAAGGAAAUUGACGACACUAUGAAAUCAGUGACUUUCGGAACAUCCCCUGAUUCAAGAAGCGGGUCAGCAUCGGGGGGCACGCGAGAAUCAGAUCCUUGCGAUGGCGACUCUGACGGAUGUGACAUACAACCAUUCCGCAGUCCCCUUUUGCCACCCACCAAGUCAUCUAGUCUUCCGAUCUAUGGCUUUGUAGGUGCCACCCAGAUUUCACCGCCGCUCACCAUCAUCAACUCCACUCCAAAAACCUACGAAUAUAGCGAGCAGCCCUACCAAGUGCCAUGUGACAUCAAUCAGCCGACGUCGAGCACUUCGUCAACGCACCCAUUACUCCUUACCCAGCCUGACUUUUAUCCUCUAUAUCAGAGUGCCAGGCUCUCUCCACUGCCUGUAUCACUUUAUGGCGAGCCCGCAGCCUUGUUCAUGAACUACCCAGAGAAGAACGACGGUGAUAAUAUCUCCGCGUUGAUGCCUUCCUCUUCAGACUUCUCCGCCUUCUCAUGGGACACCCUUCCAACGUCAGGAUAUGCCACCAACACGUCUCACUCGUACACCACUUUUCCAUCCUACUGAACUUUUUUGUGACACAAUAUCUUCAGUUAUUAUUUCAGUUAACCCAAGGAGCGCCUUAGCCUAUCUUAAUCACGCUCGCAUUCAUCUGUAGCCU